GAAAAAAAUGUAAAGUUUGACUAUUGUUUUUUAAAAUUAAAGUAAUAUUAUUUAGUUGUUAAAUGUUUUCAAAUUUUUUAAAUGUAAUUAAGUAAAUGAGUUUUAAUUUUCAUUAUUUUAUUUUGUCAAUAUAUGAAUGGUUUAUUUGUAAUGUGAUUGUUUAACAUAGACUUAACAAAGACCUCAAUGUUUCAAUUAAGAGUCCUUUGAGGCUAAGAUGACUGCCUGUUCCAUUUGCUGACCCUGGGUUGCCUUUCCAUGAGUGGCUCUUUGACCUUUGUGGCCCUUGGCUGACCAAAAAAAGGAAGCCAUGUGACGACCGCAACCUUUUCCCAUUAGACCUGGGUGGUGAGGACCCCAAGGGUUAGAGACAGAUGUGAUUAAACUGAAAUAGGUGCCUGAAAAUCUUUAUUCAUAUCAGAUAUUCAGAAAACUUUAAAUCAAUGUGGAUAUGGUUAUAGAAGAAGUGGACGAGAUAAGUACGGUCCUCCGACCCGUACUGAAUACAGAUUGAUCGUUGAAAAUCUGUCAAGCCGUUGCAGUUGGCAGGAUUUGAAGUGGCUUGCCCCCUGUUUAGCAUUGGAUCACUCCUUGUGAAGGCACUGGGCCAAAUGGUGCUCUGCAGUGGCCUAGGCCUCUAGUCACAACUAGUUUUACAAGAGGGCCACUUUGAGGAGAUGAAGGGUGAUGGGCCAGACCUCCCCCAUGCCCCAAACUGGGAUGCAGAAGGAUGUGCACAGAGAAUGAGAGAGGAUUAUAUGCGUCAGGCAGGUGAAGUGACGUAUGCUGACGCACACAAAGGGAGAAAAAAUGAAGGUGUGAUUGAGUUCAAAUCCUAUUCUGACAUGAAAAGAGCCCUUGAAAAACUGGAUGGGACAGAAGUAAAUGGUAGAAAGAUAAGGCUGGUAGAAGACAGGCCUGGGUCCAGGCGCCGCCGCUCAUAUUCCCGAAGUCGAACUCAUUCAAGGUCUCGUUCUCGAAGCAGACACUCCCGUAAAAGCAGGAGCCGUAGUGGCAGUAGCAAAAGCAGUCAUUCAAAGAGCAGAUCACGAUCCAGGUCUGGAUCCCAUUCCAGAAGCAAGAGUCGCAGUCGAAGCAAAAGUCAUAGCAGAGGCCAAAAGGAAAAAAGCAGGAGUCCAAGUAAAGAUGAUAAAAGCAGGAGCCGCAGCAGAAGUGCGGAGAAAUCCCGAAGUAAAAGUAAAGACAAGGCAGAGGAAGUGGUUCAGAAUGAUGAUGAUGUCCGUGCAAAGAGCAGAAGUCCCAGCAAGGAAAAGAGUAAGAGUAAAAGCAGGAGUAGGAGUGGGAGUAAAGAGAGAGCAGAGGAGGAGGAGAGGGGGAGUGUGAGGGGCAAUAGGAGUAAAGAGAGAGAAAAGAGUGCCAGCAAGGCCAGGAGCAGGAGCAAAGAGAGGAGCAGGAGCCGUAGCAAAGAUAAGAGGAAAGGUAGGAAGAGAAGCAGGGAAGCGAGCAGGAGCAGGAGCAGAAGUCGCAGUAGGAGUGAGAGAAGCAAGAGGCGAAAUAAACGCGACAGCAAGUCUAGCAACAAGAAGAAGAAAAGAGAAGACCAAGAGCAUUCCAGGUCUAGGUCUAGAUCCAGAUCUCGCUCCAAGGAAAAGGAGCAUAUAAAAGCGGAACCGGACACGAAGGAAGUGAAAGGCGAGGGUGAGGAAAUGGACACCAGUGGUCAAUCCCGGUCAAGGUCAAACUCCAAGUCCAAAAAUAUCAAAUCAGAAUCUCGCUCCAGAUCCAAAUCGGUUUCAAAAACAAGGUCCCGAUCCAAGUCUAGAUCGAGGUCUGCCUCUAGAUCACAUUCCCGAUCUAGAUCAAGGUCUCGUUCCAGAUCCUAAACUUGCUGCAACCACACUUAGAGCUCUAUGAGAAGUCUUUUGUACAUGUUUGGUAGUUGUAGCACAAGUGAUUGGAGUAGAACACAUGUCACUGCUGUACAUUUUUAAUACCCCCAAUGGUGUGUCUGUAUGUGUUCAGUCCAGUGCUCCCUCUCUGUUGCACGUUCUGGUGCUAGAGGCUGAGAACUUCAUCUGAACACCGCACAUCAAUCUGGAUUUCCAGAAUAGCCAUAGAGAAUGAGCACUGCAUUUUGAUGGGCUUCUAAGAUUGGAAUGAUGACUCCUAGGUAGGUAUGGUAACUUCAACAAUUUGCCCUUAAAUUGAUGCCCUUUGAUGUAUGCCAUUUAGUGAAAAGUGCAAAGUCUUAAAUUUCAUAUUACUUUUUCGUUUCAUAUUUUGGACUUGCAGAGUUUGUGAAUAGCACAGUCAGGAAAAUAUAUACCUACAGUAAACCAUAGGAAGGGAAGGAAGAAAAAGUAGAGUUCCACAUUCUGGUAUUGUGACAAUAUCCUUGUUUUAUAUUUUUUUAUUUUUCCCCGUCUUGCAAAGUACAGUGACCCCUGUUUCCAUUAAAUUUGAAUAAAGACUAUUUUUGCUUGA